UACAGACGACGUCAGUAGUCCCUACAUAUAUGGACCGCCCCGAUUACAUAAGACCUGCGGAAUGGUUUCAGUAACCCUUUUGUAUGACAGGAUCACUCUUUUUACGCCAAAAUGUCAAGCAAAGGAAUUAUGCGCAAAGGUCGCGGACAUGACAGCGGAGUUUCAAAGGGAGCUGGUGCAAACGAAUCAAGUCCUAUCGGGAACGAAGGAGCGAGUUGCAGCGGAGUUUCAAAGGGAGCUGGUGCAAACGAAUCAAGUCCUAUCGGGAACGAAGGAGCGAGUUGCGCUCCUACUCGCUCUCUCCGUGGCCGCCGCAAAGAAUCGAACGUGGUCAGAGAUCCCUGUGAGAUUGAAUGCUUGGAAAAAUCUCCUCCUCCACUUUCGAAGACUAAGGGUUUAAUAACAGUGAAGAGCCGUGCUGGCCAGGAUAAUGGAAUUGUGCGCAAAAAAGGUGCGCAAGCCCGGGCUGGUAAAGACAGCGGGGUUUCAAAGGGAUCGAAGAUUAAGGGUUUAACACCGAAGGAUAAUGUGACCCAGGUGCUCUUAACGACACUCGACAAGCUGAGGAUUCGCAAGAGCCCCCGAUCGGAGUCUACCGCCGUUAUAAACACCAUCGUAGAAAACAUAGUCAAAUAUUUAAAAAGACAAACAGAUUGCUUCAGACAAGUUACAAGUUUGCGCACUGGAAGCUACUACGAGAAUGUGAAAGUCGGACAGCCUGACGAGUUUGAUGUGAUUUUGGCUAUCCGGGUGCAAAGCGUGGACCUUCGUGAGUUCGGCGACGAUGGCGCUUUCUACAGCGUCGCGGUGAAGGAGAAGUCGCGAGGACAUCCUCUCGCUGACUUUUUGCAUGGGCACGGGGUCGUGUCUGCUAGUGAAAUGCUGGCUAAAUUCAGGACUCAUGUGAAAAAUGCCCUGGAUAGUACCGCGAUGACAGAUGUGCAAGUAGAGAGAAAGAGGAAGGGAAGCCCUGCGGUGACCCUCCUAGUGAAGAAGGACGGUCUGCAGAUCAGUCUGGAUGUCGUGCUUGGGCUGGAGGUCCAUUCCACCUGGCCGCCUGUCACUAAGAGUGGCUUCCUGAUCGAGAAAUGGCUCGGCACCAAGGUGAAGAAAGAAUUCAGAUUCAAACCUUUCUACUUGGUGCCAAAAUACGAAGGAAAUGGGAGUGACGCCCAGGAUGGAAUCUGUGCCAAAGAUGCCUGGCGAAUCUCCUUCUCCCACGUGGAGAAGGACAUUUUGAAGUCCCACGGUUCUGCGAAGACCUGCUGUGAAGCGCAGGGCACCAAAUGCUGCAGAAGAGAAUGUCUGAAACUUCUGAAGCACCUGUUGGAGAAGCUGAAGGAGAAGUACCCGAAGGAUAUUUCCAAGUUCUGCUCCUACCACGCUAAGAGCACGCUGUUCCACGCCUGCGCGGAGUAUGCGGAUGACAGCGACUGGAAGAUGGAGCAAUUGGACUGGUGUUUCUUGCGACUCCUGGAGGACUUUCAGAAUUGGCUUCGCAAAGGUGUACUGCCAAACUUCUUCAUCCCCACACACAAUGUUUUGGGUUCGAAAUGUAACCAGAAAAGCUGUAACCUUUUGGCAGACUAUAUAGAUUUUGAAAAGAACAAUAUGUUUCCGAUAUUUUUAGAAUGAUUUUUUGGCCCAUGUCAGAUCCUCUAUGAAAUGUCAAAUGCAAAGUACAAAUGUAUGUAAAUGUAUAAUAUACGUAGUAUUUUAUAUUUUUGAAAUGCAUGCAAAAACUAUCGGUUGCCUAUCUAUGGACUUGUCAUUUGUGCAUCACAUAAUGCCCAGUCUAUUUCAAAACAAAAAUAUCCAUUCAAAGAAUUCCCUUAGAUAAAUGAUGUAAGGCGUAAGUAACCAUAUUAUUAACUGGCAAGCAAAUGGUUGCUGCUUUUCUCACAGACAUCUGUUAUAGUUCCGCAUGCACAGGCCCAUGGCUGCCGCCAUCAGUAUUACCAUGGAGGUGCUUCUUUUUCACAGACCACACGGCAUUUUUUCCAUUUCGAGGAUGUGAAUAACCUGUAAUUAAAACCCAGUUUCAUGUA